AUGAUCCCUACUAAGCUCCUGAUGUACCGGGGUCCACGCGGCGGUGCCCCUCGCUCCGAGGCCCGUGGAGACGCGUUCAGGAGAAAGAAGUCGUGUGGAGAGUUGUUUCAGAAAGGGUACAGGGUGAGGCUGGGGCCUCGUGGAGUGGCUAUGGAGAAGGAGAGGCAGAAGGGACCAUAUCUUGCUCUCUGGACCUCUCUGAGCUUUCUCUGCAAAUGGGGUAAGAAUAGAGAUCUAGGGCCAUAGUUAUUCUAUGUGGGGUAAGAAUGGUAAAAUAUGGGGUCUGGGUCAUGUUCAAACAGUCUGUCUGGUCCAGUAUAUGCUUCCUCUCCAAAUGGGGUGUGAAUAGAGAUCUAUGGCCAUAGUCCCCCUGUCUGGUCCUGUCUGUGAUUCCUAGUUCUAUAAACUAUGUUUAAGCAAUCUACAUUGUCCUGUCUGCGCUUCUGCUUAAAAUGGGGUCUGGGCCCUGCUCAAACAAUCUAUCUAGUUCAUCUCCAGAUGCGGUAAGGACAGGGUCUCUAUGGAAACACUCGUUGUGGUUAUGAUUUUUAUUCUUUACUCUGCUCCUGCAGUGUGGUUGCCUGGCUACCCAAACUCCUUGCUCCGGCCAAACGCUACGCCCUGCCCAUGGACGUUAGUUUCUUCUCCGCAAUGGAUCUGGAUCUGAGUACGUUUUAGACUGUCUGAUUGGUCCCAGAAACCGAUGGGUUGGGCCAGAGCCAGAACACACGUGGGUAAAACAACGUUUUUGAAAAUUCGCCAUUGGUUAGAGCUGAUCCAAUCGCUGAUGACUUUGUUUUUUACAAGACCCCUAAUUUUGACGUCACCACAAACGUCUUUGGUGAUGUCAGUCAGGCUGAAGUAUGUAGCGAACAUAGAGCAGCGGAAUCAUUCAGUUUGAGUCGUCAGGCAAGCAGUGAGGUUCCAAUGGCUUAGUUUGUUGGAAAAUCGUGUUUGUAGCAUCUGGGUUGUGGAUUUAAUUCCCGCAUGGGCCGCGUAUACUAAAUAUUUGUGGUAGCUGUAAGUUGCCUCACUAAGACUUGUGUUUACAGGAUGUAUCUGUCUACACCACAAAUGAAAUUUUGAACAGAUCUAAAAAUACAGAGAGAUUAGACUUCACGUAAUCUCGGAAACCCAAAACUAAAAUCUUGCGUAAUUGCGUCAGACGCUCGAUUACAUUCUGGGGGGAGAUGUAUAAAAUAAAUAUACUAACCAGACUAGAGAAGUCUCCACCCCCUAAACAGACGUUUCAGUCAAGUGUGUGGGCCAAAUCUCCCCUCCCCUUCUGAAAUUCGAAAGAUGCAAAAUCGUGAUUUGUCCAUCUACACACCAGAACAAAGUUCCUUGUUAGUCGUCACAUCCCACAGUCUGUAUACAGAUACUACGACACCAUCCCAUGUUACGUACGUAUGUCCACGAAAGAUUAAACUUCAAGGAAAUGUUUCAAAAUUAAUCUGGUCAACAUCGGCCUGCCCUUCCCUUACUGGUGUAAAUUAUUCCAUAUACACACACCAAACACACACACACACACACACACACACACACACACACACACACACACACCCACACACACACCAAACACACACACACACACACACACACACACACACACACACACACACACACACACACACACACACCCCCCACACACACACACCAAACACACACACACACACACACACACACACACACACACACACACACACACACGGUGGAUCAGAGCAUGGGUAUAUAUUGGUGUUAUGUAAACUGCCAUUGAGGCAGGUGUUGCAUUGUUUCUUUAAUCCCUGGGUGAGCUCAUUUUGAAUUCCGACUGAGGCACAUGUAGGACUGAGUAUAAAAAAACAUUAGGAACACCUUCCUAAAAUUGAGUUGCACACAGUAUAGCUACUGCACAGCAGGCAGUAUGUACAGUGCAUUCGGAAAGUAUUCAGACCCCUUCCCUUUUUCCACUUUGUGACGUUACAGCCUUAUUGUAUAUAAAUAAAAUAAAAUAAAUACCUAAGUAUUUAGACCCUUUGCUAUGAGACUCGAAAUUGAGCUCUGGUGCAUCCUGUUUCCAUUGAUCAUCCUUGAGAUGUUUCUACAACUUGAUUGGAGUCCACCUGUGGUAAAUACAAUUGAUUGGACAUGAUUUGGAAAGGCACACACCUGUCUAUAUAAGGUCCCACAGUUGACAGUGCAUGUCAUAGCAAAAACCAAGCAAUGAGGUCAAAGGAAUUGUCCGUAGAGUUCCGAGACAGGAUUGUGUCGAGGCACAGAUAUGGGGGAAACCUGGCACCAUCCCUACGGUGAAGCAUGGUGGUGGCAGCAUUAUGCUGUGGGGAUGUUUUUCAGUGGCAGGGACUGGGAGACUAGUCAGGACCGAUGGAAAGAUUAACGAAGCAAAGUACAAAGAGAUCUUUGAUGAAAAUCUGCUCCAGAGCGCUCAGGACCUCAGACUGGGGUAAGGGGUUCACCUUCCAACAGGACAACAACCCUAAGCACAUAGCCAAGACAACGCAGGAGUGGCUUCGGGACAAGUAUCUGAAUGUCCUUGAGUGGCCCAGCCCGGACUUGAACCCGAUCAAACAUCUCUGGAGAGACCUGAAAAUAGCUGUGCAGCGAUGCUCCCCAUCCAACCUGACAGAGCUUGAAAGGUGCUUCAACAAAGUACUGAGUAAGGGUCUGAAUACCUAUGUAAAUGUGAUACUUCCGUUUUUUUUUUUUUUUUUUACAUUUGCAAAACUUAAAAAAAAAAACUGUUUUUGUUUUGUCAUUAUGUGUAGAUUGAUGAGGGGAAAAAAAUAUUUUAUCGAUUUUAGAAUAAGGCUGUAACAUAAAAUGUGGAAAAUGUCAAGGGGUCUGAAUACCUUCCGAAUGCAUUUGUAUAUAUGAAGAAUACAGUACUGUAUGUAUGAUUAACGUACAGAUGUAGGAUCUUAAUUUGAGCCAGAAAAUAGUCCUGCAGCAACAGAAAAAGUGAUUUAUCAUGUGGAUUAAAAUUAAUGAACGUUUUUUGUAGGGGUUGAUACAUUUUUCGUUAGGGAAAAUGAAGUCUGACAUUUUAAAGUGGAAAUUACAAAGGUACAUUUUUAAACCUUGAAUACACUAUAAGUUUGCAUUUCCUGUAGUGCAGGUAAAUUCCGGGCAAUGUUUGCUGCCCACACAAGUGAUUUCUUACUAAAUAUUUUGGUGAUAUAUCGACAAUGUUUUGACUAACAUGGACUUUCUCAGGUGUUCUUGUUCUGUCCAGUAUUGUCAUGUCAUUUUUAUGGUCAGCUCUUGUGUGAUGUAUGGUGUGCGUAAAACACUAUCCUUUUAUAGUAUGUAUGAUUAUUAACCUUUAUUCAUCUCUCUCUCUCUCUCUCUCUCUCUCUCUCUCUCUCUCUCAGGUUUAAGAUUCCUGAGAGCCUUGAGAUUGAUACAGUUCUCAGAAAUUUUACAGUUUUUGAAUAUCUUAAAAACAAGGUAAGUAUUAGGGCUUUCAUUGGUCUACCGCCACCAAUCCAGCACCACACCAACUAUCUACAGAAUCCAUCUGACAUAGAAGCUCGGUUCAGGUUUGCUCUCUGUCUAGAUGCUGUGGUAACACUUUAUUUUACAGUCCUGUUGCAGACUUAUUCUAAGAUAUUUGAACUUAUGUGGUAACAACUUCAAAGCAUGCAGGGAAAGGGGGAUACCUAGUCAGUUGUACAACUGAAUGCGUUCAACUGAAAUGUGGCUUCUGCAUUUGAGCACCAGAUACAAAUUUUACAUGUACAUUUUAGUCAUUUAGCGGACGCUCUUAUCCAGAGCGACUUGCAGUAGUGAGUGCAUUUUGUACUUUUUCGUACUGGUCCCCUGUGGGAAUCGAACCCACAACCCUGGCGUUGCAAGUGCCAUGCGCUCCCAACUGAGCCACAUGGGACACAUUGUAUAGCAGCUCCCGCAGUGCUUGUUCCAAUGAAUCUCACUCAUAUCUUGUGAAAUUGUUAUGUAAUUAUUUAUUUGAACUUCCAUUUUCCCAUGUAGUGGCUGAGUAAAUAGCAGGACUGUACAGUAAAGUGUCACUGAGGUUUUUUCUAGAUGACUGUUUGGCCCAGCGUGCCUCUCCUCUCCUUUCUGGACUGUUGACACUGUAAACACAGAGUUGUUGAGUAAUGUACAGUAAUCCUCUCUUUCUGUGGUUUGGCACUAACGUAGGUGGGGGAGGGAUAGAUAGAGAGGGAGGGAGGGAGAGAGAUAAAUGGAAAGGGAGAGAGAGAGAAAGGGAAAGGGAGAGUGUAUGAUAAAUGUAGACAGAUCCUGAACUAAAGCAUGACACUAUUACAGCAGGGCAAGAACAGACACUGUGGUAGCUGUUGACUAUAUGUAGGAAACACAACACAAGAUGAUGGUUAGAGUGCUGGCAACAGCAUUCCACAAAAGCUGUCAUGACAUAAUGUACGUUCUUAGCAGUUCAAUAGAGUAAUCCCUUUCAGCUUAAUUCAUUUUAUGUUUGUUUGGUUGCAUUUUAGUUUUUGACCUGAUCCCAUCCCCUAGAGACCCACAGUCCCAUUAAUUUCCUGGCUUAGAGGAAGAGGACAGAAUAGAAUAUUUAGUUUUUUCAAAUAAUUUAUUAUAAUACAUAAAUACAUUUUAUUUUGCAUCUUACUGGCAUACCAUGCCAGACACAAAGACAGAACUUGACGUAAUGAUAAAAUAAUGACAGAAGCACAGAGUACAUGUACAGGACAGUACGGUACUUUACAACCUAAGCCAGGUGUUUUCUAGCCUCACCAUCUCAGACCCAAUAGAUGAGCCUCUCCCAUUACAUUAUUCUCUUUCUGUCACCUGGUCUGGAUCUCUUUGAGAGAUUUUUAUGGUUCUUAUUCUACCCAGCAAUUCCAUCAAGCUGGUGAACCUGUGUUCCAUCUUCAUAAGCACAUGGCUAACAGCUGCCGGAUUCAUACAUUUGGUAAGUGGCCGGGCGGGGGGGUUGUGCUACGGGGGAGUAAGGGAGGUGAGAACUCCUAACGCUUGGUCCGAAAACAACCUCUAGCCCCUCCCUUCCCCCUGGAUGUGUGGCAGAUCUGGAGUGCUGAAGGGUCCCAGACCAACCCCUACCCCCUACCCCCUGGGCACUCCUGUCGGUUCGAAACGAUCGGAUAGGUAUGUAAGCAAUACGGAACUAAAUGUAUACAGUUGUGGUCACUAAAAAGUUAGAUAUAUUUUAUUAAACCCUGCACUGCGCUACAGGUGUUUUUGUGACAAACUAUUGCUGGGAUACCCUACAGCACCGUGUUGCACACCCAUUGUGGCAAUAGUUCUGCCAGUACCAAAAUACAACAUUUUCAGUGCCCGCAACUGUAUGAAAGUUCUCAGCCUAUCUGAAGGCAAGGUGAAGCAGCAAAUUACCAUAUUGCUUAAACCUAUCCGAUCCUCUCAGAUCCACAGCAGGGCCUAGGGGGUAGGGGCGGGCUUGAUUUGGGAAUCAGCAUGUUAGUUAAAAAGACUAGGUGGGUGCCGUCUUCGUAUAGCCCCCACCUACCCGGUUCAGAUGUGCUGCCACCCUAGGGGAGGGGGCUAGGGAUUGCCUUCGGACCGGCCAAUAGAGGGUGUUUCCAUGUGAUGAUGAAGAGUUAGGGGCGCUUUAAUCAAUCAGUAGAACUACAGAUCAAUGUCUGUCCUUUUGAAUCAGUAAAACUACAGAUCAUUUAAUCAAAUCUGACCUUUUUUCACUUUUUCUGUUAUUUCUUACAAACAGCUGGCUCAAGUUGUCAGUACAUUUAUGUCAAUGGCUCAACCAACAGUACAGUAACACACCAACCAAUACAGCAUUAGAACAUGCAGGAGGAUACUGCUAACCUCCUGACACUAGAUGGCAGCAUCAGAUCAACCAGAAAUCCUGCUUAUCAGAUUAGAAUGAAAGCACAUCAGUUCACCAGGGCCAGAUUCAAUCAAACUUGUGUUGAGAAGGUCGUAUGCAGGGCCUUUGUUUGCAAACUGCUGCCCGAAGUGUCAGACCCAUGUCGUGUUCAGUUCAGUUGUUCCGAACUGGAGGCACUAACCAGUGGAGGAGGUACUCGGUAGUGUUACAGCAUCCUCAACCACGCAGGAAAUGGAUUAAUCCGCGGGAAGACAUGUUUGUUGGCUACUGUGUAAACUCUGCAAUGCUGGUUUGAUUGACUCUUAAGACCAUGUUGGUGGUAGGAUGAACCUAUAUAACCUGCAUGCAUAGAAUUUAUAGAACCUGCUUCAGAGGUUGUGAUCAAAAUCCGUCCAAAGUUUUUGCUUCUGACUGACAUUCUACCCUGUUCAAAUCUCCUUCCCGCUCCUGUUUCUAGGUGGAAAACUCAGGGGAUCCUUGGGAAAACUUCCAAAAUUCCCAGUCACUUUCCUAUUGGGAAUGUGUCUACUUGCUCAUGGUCACUAUGUCAACAGUGGGCUACGGGGAUGUCUAUGCAAAAACCACCCUGGGACGCCUGUUCAUGGUCUUCUUCAUCCUCGGGGGUUUGGUAAAACAAAGUUUUCUCUCCCCACCUCCCCCCUUGCCCCCCCCCCCCCCCCCCACCCUCAACCUGCCUGUCCCCAUCUUCACACCAUAGAACUGUUAAACCAGACAGCAAAAUCAGUAAACGAUACUUUAGACCUCAAUGUCUUACUCAACAUUAUUACCUGUUUAGUAUUUUGCAAUGUAGCUUUAUGCUAGUUUAGCAAUGUUUACAUAGCACUGUUAAGCUUACCUAUUUAGAUAUGUACAGUAUACCUACCUGCUUACACUACUAUCAAUGUUAUUUGUCUGUUGGUGUUAUUGCAGUGAUGCCUCCUGUAGUAGCCUGUAUCUGGGUACUGUAGUUUCUCCCCUUGCCCCCCUCCCUAUAGCGUGUGGGUUGUAUUGGUCUGAAGAGUAGUUCUAAGAUAAUGUACUACACCUGCAGUCUGAUGAUGUUGUUGUUGCCGUUCUUCUUAAAGCAGUCUGCGAUUUCAGGACUACUCCCUUCCUCUCGUGUCCCUCCCCACUAUUCCAACAAACACAGUGGCAGGAAGACCAGGCCUAGGCCAGCCUGAGUGUUACCAUAGCGACUGCAGCUCUUUUUCCCCUCUGACAUUUAACCCCAGUCAGACCAGCACCCCCUAGAAGAAAAGGGGCUCAGGUAGAUGAUCAAAGAUUUGAAUAGUUAUACAGUUAGCAAACGGCUCAAAGGUUUGAAUUGCUAUACAGUUAGCAAACUUCUCAAAGGUUUGAAUAGCUAUACCGUUAGCAAACAGCUCAAAGAUUUGAAUAGCUAUACAGUUAGCAAACUUCUCAAAGGUUUGAAUAGCUAUACAGUUAGCAAACUUCUCAAAGGUUUGAAUAGCUAUACAGUUAGCAAAUAGCUCAACGGUUUGUGAAUAGCCAAACUGUUAGAAAAUAACCCAACAGGUAGUGGGUAGCUAAAUGGCUAGCAAAGCGCUCUACAGCUAAACAGUCAUCAUAAAGAACUAAACAGUGCUAGCAUAAUAUUGACAUUGACAUAGGCAGGAAAAGAUCAUUACUGUACCUCAGGACAGGACAGCAGGCUGCAACAGUUUGCCAAAUGCAUCCAGCUCAUUCCCACUGCCCUCCAAAUGAGUCUUAAUGUGUUUUGCAGCUGUGGACCAUCAGGCCGGCCUGCUCAAAUCAACCUGCCACAUCAUUGGUGUUUGUUGGACAAAACAUGGCACAUAGGUUUUUUUCCCCCUCUUCUCUUUGCCACUUCCAGAUAUUUUGGACACUAUUACAGAUCGACCGUUGUUGGUCGGCUGUGACGAUAUUUAUGGUUUUUUUUUUUUCUUCCCAAAACCAAUGACCCUUAAAAACUGGGGUUUUCUUAAUACAAAUAUUUUGUUUUGAUUUUACCCCCGAAAUUAUUUAAAAAAAACAUUGAUUGGGCAACGCAGCGCUAUCUCUUAGUUUGUUCUCUUCUUUAAAGUGUCAGUGAGAACUACAAGAGAAACUUCUGGACACUAACAUCCCCCCAGUUUUUCAGCAUUUGCACAUUUAUUUGAUAUCUUAAGAACUCUGUUUGGAUUUAAGCGCCCGCUAGCCGGCUCCCCCUCCACUUCCUCUAUGACCUAGUGUCUUCUUUAGUCUCUUCUUCUGUCUCCUAUCUUCUCCUUAGGCCAUGUUUGCCAGCUACGUCCCUGAAAUCAUAGAGUUAAUAGGAAACCGCAAGAAAUAUGGUGGUUCCUAUAGUGCGGUUAAUGGGAGAAAGUAAGUAUUUUCCGUAAGGUUCUGCUGUCUUUCCUUGUACGCGGUAGAACCCUUUCUGCAUGCCCUUUUCUUUCUCUGUUCCAUGCAUGUAGGCCAUGUUUGCUCGCUACGUGCCAGAAAUUGCUGCUCUCAUCCUUAAUCGGAAGAAAUACGGAGGGAGUUAUAACUCAACACGAGGCAGAAAGUAAGUCCAAAUCCAGACAAGGUGUGUUUGUGUGACACGAGUGCGCCCCCCUCAGGUUUAGAGUGGUAUGGGGGGUUGAUUCACCAAAUUACCAUUACUGUAGUCACACUGCGUGACUGGAGACCUUGGCCAUAAGGACACAUGUCCAUGUCACUUUACUCUCUCUCUCUCUCUCUCUCUCUCUCUCUCUCUCUCUCUCUCUCUCUCUCUCUCUCUCUCUCUCUCUCUCUCUCUCUCUCUCUCUCUCUCUCCUGUCUCUCUCUCUCUCCCUGUCUCUCUCUCUCUCCCUAUCUCUCUCUCUCUCCCUAUCUCUCCCUCUCUCCCUAUCUCUCUCUCUCUCCCUGUCUCUCUCUCUCUCCCGGUCUCUCUCUCUCUCUCCCUGUCUCUCUCUCUCCCUGUCUCUCUCUCCCUGUCUCUCUCUCUCCCUGUGUCACUCUCUCCCUGUCUCUCUCUCUCCCUGUCUCACUCUCUCCCCCCUGUCUCACUCUCUCCCCCUGUCUCACUCUCUCCCUGUCUCUCACUCCCUGUCUCUCUCUCUUCCUGUCUCUCUCUCUCCGUCUCACUCUCUCACUGUCUGUCUUCUCUAAUCUCUCUCUCUCUCUCUGUCUCUGUCUGUCCCUCACUCAGUGCUCACUUGAAGUCCAUCCUUGUGCUUUUGUUUUUAUUUGUUACUUUGAAACAUCCUAUGUGCUGCAUCUUAAUUCAUUUAAACUAGAGCUUUCAUGACUACAUUGUAGACAUAUGGUAUUAAUAUGUGAUGACUUAGAAUAUGUGUUGUCCUACUUCUUAAUUCCGAAACCGUCCAAUGACAUUCCUCCAAUUGUGCUCUCACUAUAAGGACGAAUCAGGAUCAUGAUGAUACAUCAUUGUAAAGAACUAGUCAUGAAACCCCUACUAUCUGCUGUAAAAAUGUACACGUUUCUGCUUCACAAGAAUAUAGAAAACAAUAUCAUCCUCAUAUGCAUUAUUAUUGGUGGUCUUUUAGAAGCAUCAUCAAUCUCAAUGACAUUGCAGGAUAUUAUUUUCUUGCUUUCAUUUUGCUUGAGUUACUCCGCAUGAGACAUGCUUUUUAUUUGUAUUCAUUUGCAUAAUUUAUCUGCAUGUUCUAAGUGACCUGAGCUCCCCUCCGUUGGCUUUUUCACGUUUCAUGGUUCCCAUGGCAAACUGUACAAAAAGCUCAACUUCUUGUCUUGUCACCGCCAGCCGCAUCACCUCUGCUCGACAUGACUCUGGCCCUGAUCUUCAGUCAGCUCCUACACCCUGAAUGCUGGAUGCCUCGCUCUCAUUAGAGGCUCGCGAUUGCUCUUGGCUUGCUUUGCCCGCUUGGUUCUUUGGUGUCCCGUCGUUUGGUUUGUGUGGCCGUAGUUGUGUGGGUUGGGGUGUUUUUGUGUGCGGGUGUGUGUGUGUGGAUGUCCAGAACACAGUUUGUUGUGUUGUGUGUGUAUUGUGGCUGAAUCCCUUGUUCUGUGGCUCAAACCUCACUGCUCAUCACAGCACAUAGACUAACUAGCCUCAUAGUUAGACACAGACUAACUAGCCUCAUAGUUAGACACAGACUAACCUCACUGCUCCUCAUAGUGUAGCUCAGCAGGAUAGAGAAACUUCCUGCAUCUCUUUCUCUCUUUCUCUCUGUCUUUCUUUUUCUUCUUCUUUCUCUUUCUUUCUUUCUUUCUCUCUCUCUCUCUCUCUCUCUCUCUCUCUCUCUUUCUUUAUCUGUCUCUCUCUCUCUCUCUCUCUGUCUCUGUCUCUCUCUCUCUCUCGCUCUCUCUCUCUCUCUCUCCUUCUCUCCCUCUCUCUCUCUCACCCACCCCCUUCCUCUCCCUCUCUGCAUGGUCACGCAGGGCUGUCAGUGGCCCAUACAUACUGACAUUCCACAGUAGAGAGAAAGCUAUUAGAAACCAGUCUUUGUUUGAAGCUGUUUCCACGUCAGUGAGACACGAUUGAUGAUAUGUUAUGUUUGUCUGGCGCCCUGCGUCUCCAUUCACUGACGGGGUAAUGAGCGAAGGAUUUGUCAAAACUGCAGACUCCCUCUCUUUCACACACUCUCCCCCUUUCACACACUCUCCCACUUUCCCUAUUUACCUCUCUCUCUCUCUCUCUCUCUGUGUCUCUCUCUCUCUCUCUCCCCCUGUCUCACUCUCUCCCUGUCUCUCUCGCUCCCUGUCUCACUCUAUCCCUGUCUCUCUCUUUUUCCUCUCUCCUUCUCUAUUUUUCUCUCUAUCUCUCUUUCUCCCCCUCCUCUUCUCCUUCUCUCUGGCUUGAAUGUACAUGCAUACAUGUGGUAGUAAUCAGGCCCUCAGUUCAGCCAGCCAAUCACAGAGGCAACAGGAUAUGUUAAAUACUGUGUUCAUAUUGUGUAUGUACACUAUAGAUCAUGACACAUAUACAAACACAUUUGUCAUAAUGGUUUAUUAUUUCCUCUCUAGAGUACACUUUUUGGGCAAGGCAAAAGCUAAACAAGUUCACUGAACUGUGGGUUAGGAAUAAAUCCAACUUCCAGUUAAUAUACUACAUAUUUAAAUGAUUUAUUUUCAGACAGAGUACAGUAUCAUGACAUGCAAGCAAACACACACACACACACACCAGUUAGCAUAGUGACAGGUCUCAGGUCGCCUACGCUGAUGUCAUUAAGACGAGCGUUCUGUUGGCUCUCAACUCGCUGCACUCAUGGCCUUAUGGUUCUCAUUAGGGCUCUGUGAUUUUCAUAACAGCUCUGUGGUUUCCAUUAGGCCCCACUAAAACAGAGGGGCUGGCGUGGAAUCUGAAUGUGUUAGUUCUCUGAGGGCCUGUGAAGGCUAGCAGCCUGAGGUGUGGAGACCUGGUGACUCUCAUCCCUGUCACAUAUAUUAUAUAGUAUGUUCAGCACGCUCCCUCUAGUGUGCAUUAGGGAAUUUAAUGCACAUUUAUUAACAUAAAUAAAUAGCCCAAUUAUUGUGACACGGAACAUGUAGUUAUCUACAUGAAUAACAUUACAGUAUACAGUAUAUAAGAUAUCCAGUAUUCAGGUUAGAUAGCAUCAAAAUAUAUCUUCCUUGUUUCUGUGGCUAAUGGUAUUUUUUAUGCUACACCAUGUUCCAUUAGUUACAGUGAUAUAGGCCACUGUCGAGUGGAAAACACAAGAAAUCUGGUGUUUUGUUGCCUUUCCUUCUGCAUCCUACAGUAUCAGCCUAAGGAUCAGAGCGAAAUCAAUGGUGUGACCUCUGCUGCUGGUGUUUGAGCUGUCUGUUUGAUGUGGUGAAGUAUUUAAUGUGUUCCUGAUGAUAUGAUUUGUUAUAUUGUUGAUAUCCUGCAUGGUGUGUAAUGCACGUUCUCAGACUUCCCUUGUGCAUUUUGGUGUGAUGCUGUGUACCUUUUAUUGUGGCGCUUGGUAUUUGUGUGUAAUAUUUUCUCAUAUGUUCUGUGCCACCGUGAUUGUACACCCAACUUUUGUUUUUUGAGUGUGAUGUUUCAUUGAGGAGUCCAGGGUUGAAUAUGCUUAAAAUAAGUUAUAUUUUUUUCCAGCAGGCAGCCUAGCGGUUAGAGCGUUGGGCCAGUAACCGAAAGGUUACCGUCAAGGUGGAAAUCUGUCUGUGUCCUUGAGCAAGGCACUUAACCCUAAUUUGCUCCAGGGGCACUGCACUUCUAUUGCUGACCCUGUAAAACAACACAUUUCACUGCACCUAUCUGGCGUAUGACAAUAAUAAAAAAAAAACAUAUAAUUGUUGAAUCAUGUAUCCUUACUACUCCUUUAAAUAUGUAGCCAAAUACCUUCCUUGGCUUGGAUACCGUGCUGUUGUCUCUAAUGCUAGCCCUGGCACACCAAUAGGGGAAAUCAUCAGUAGUCUGUCCGUCCUUUAAUGAAGUCAACUGAAUCGUUUAUACUCCCAACAAUUGUUCCGCUAAAAAAAAAUCUGUCAAGCUCCACUGAUAACUAAUAUAUUCAUGGAGAAGAGAUGUCUGAGAUGAGAUGUGUGUGUGUGUGUGUGUGUGUGUGUGUGUGUGUGUGUGUGUGUGUGUGUGUGUGUGUGUGUGUGCGACCACGCCUGUAUGUGUGCAUGCUCUCUUAACGCAGCGCCACAAAACAGCCAGACACUACGCUGCACAAAUCCCAUUUACUCAGCCUCUGAAGAUGACUUCUGGAGAUUGGGAGUAGGAAAACAAGAUGUUUAUGUCUCCCUGAAUGGGACACAUCAUCUUCUGCCAACUGCUGCAGGCUCCUCACUAAGACCUCUGCUCAUCAUCUGAUCUAACCAGACAGAGCUCGCAGCCUCAUUCCAUCACGGGAUAGCCAGGCCAGGGCCCACCAUGCAAUCAUCACUGCUCUUUUAAAUGCUUAAAGGGAUGAUGGCCAGAUCUGUAAAGAUCAUUAUGUUAUGCUCAAUGGCUACCAGGCCGUGUGUUGUCACCAUGUUAUGUCCACCAGGUGAUGUCUACUCCCUGACCUCUGGCCAUGUCCACCUCAGUCUGCUUUAAACCUCCUUAAUGUGCUUCAGUGGCACUUGGUCACAAUGAUCUGGACUGGACUUCAUCACCAACUGAUACAGACUUCCUUACCAUUCAUAUUCACACCACCUGAGAAUUCACUCACUCUCUGUUACAGUUGAGUCCUCCAUAUACAACAGGAGUUAAUGUAUGAUCUAAUGGUCUCAUCUUCUCCCAGUAUGAGAACAUGGGCUUGGAUCAGAGUGUGGUGGGUUAGAACCAGGAGUUGGAACUGGUUGGAACAGAACAGAAAACUGAAAAAUUUAUUGAGGAACAGAAUCAGAACCAAGAACAAAAGUGAUCUAUACUGUUCCGGAACAGAACUGUUAUUUAAAAAUGAAUGGGAACCGGUUAAUAAUGUUAUUUUACGUUCCAGGGCAUUAUUUUCUAGUCCGACAAAAAAACGCAACAAAGUGCCUAUGCAAAGCCCUCACUCCGUCACUCAGAAACGUAUUCCAGUGUCUGCCUACCUGCCAGCUGACAAUCUUUGGUGUGUGUGCGUGUGUAGGCCCCUCCCCCUCCGAAGCAUAGUUUACUAGCCUACUGACAUUACAAGCGUGAUUCAGAAAUUAGGGAGAGAUUUUUAAUUAGAGAAAAAUUGGUUAUCUUUUUCAAUGCUAGUUAAGGAUAUUAUAGUUAUCACGUUUCACAUUGGAUUUAUGAACUACAAAAAGGUAAGACGUGUUUUUAUUUUAAUUCUGGUGCUGCUCUGCACACACAAGCUUGUUAGCUAGCUAGCUCUGUUCCAACAUUAAGCCAACUCUCGGAAGUUCAAAGACAUUCAAAGUUCCUUCAAAGAAGCCGCUCCUCCGUAGGUAUAAUUCUGUGGGCCUAAUUCAGAUAAUGCUCUUCAAGCCAAGCGUCCUCCUCCAACCUCUCUCGCUCUCUCCCCACCCACAAAAUUUCAGUCCCAUCUCGCGCCCUACACUUGCCUGUUCAAUGCAUGUAAACAACUAUAGCUUGCCCGCUCCAGCAAGCUGCACUCUCCCGAUGAUUGGUGAAGUAAUUUAAUGUCGAGUUAAAUGUAAAAAAAAAAAAAAAAAGAUUUCAGAUGUUAAAAAGGAACAGAAAGGAACAAUAUAAACCAUUACUGUUUUGAGGUUCGAACUGGUUCAGAACUUUAUUUUGCUGUUCGAAACAGUGGAACUGAACCAAAAAAAUAAAUGGUUCUGUUCAGAACGAAUUAUUUUGGUUCCAAUCCCUGGUUAGAACAGAUUGAGUCUGAUGAGUUAAGUCUUGUAAAGUGAACAGACCAAACUAAAGCUCUUCAGUGAGUCAGUAACCCAAUACACAGACAGUCUAACUGCCCCACAUCUCUUUAGUUAGCAGAUAGAGCCAUAGCCAUUACACAGAUUGUCUUACAUACACCGUCUCUGUGUCCAAUGUAAUCCCCUGGAUGAUUAGAGGCUGGAGUCAACGAGAGUAUGUUUGGGAUUCUCUUUAUUUGCGGUUUGGCUUUGAAUGCUGGCUUGAUAACAUUGAGUUAGUUUUGCCAAGUACAAAUGAGACCGUUGGUAAAGAUGAAUGGUUAAAACUGUAUUUAAUCCUGUGGAUUAGUUGAAUUAUGUAGUGUUUCAACCUACUACUUUAGCUGGGUCGUUCCACGAAAUAAGUGCCUUUUUGUCCCUUUGGUAUUUUAAGUUUAAAUUGUGCACCAAUAUAGAAUUUUAAAAGCCUGUUCUAUUCAAUGAAGUGCCCUUUAAUAUAGACCACGUGGAGAAUUCAAUACAUCAGAUUUGUAAUAUGAAUAAAGACUGGCUAAAGAGCCAAAAUUCAGCAUUUUUACAUGUCCCUCUGUGCAUCCUCUGUGACUUCCAGGAAGAUGUUAGCCCACUUCACCCCAACAUUUCUCAAAGUUUUCACCAUCAUUGUAAAGCCCUAGUUAUUUUGUUGAUUUGACCAAGUCAUUUCUGAAAAUCAUAAUUGAUUUAAUGUGAUUUAAUGUUAAGGUAAAAAAUAACUGUCCCUCAAGGUCAACCCUGUUAUGUGAACUGAACUCUCGUUUUAAUAUAGUGAAACUAUUCAUUUUUAAAUAUAUAUUUGUAACGAAACAUUGAACAUCUAAUAGUCAAAUCAUAGUGUAAAAACAGUUGAGUUGGUUCUACUCUUUUUGGCCAUUUUCUGGUGUUUUGUGGUGGAAAACUGAGCAGGACGAGCAUAACACGACAGCCCUGUUACCUGUUGUUAGAUAGACAGGCUAGACAUGCAUUCAAUUGCCCCUCCCUGUUUCACUCAACAAGCUUCCAUUCCCCCUUUAUGGCUGAUUUAAGAUGAAAUCAUCAACCCUGUUACGGUCAACCCUGUUACUUUAUUUGGCACUUAACAGGUACUUACUAUAGUCAUUUUCUAUUACCUUUUGAGAUGGAAAACAUGUUUUUUUAUUAAGUUGAACAUGUGCUCUUAAUGACAGAAUGUAAACAUUUGGUGAAAUCAAAAGUUUUAAUUCACCAAGUUACACAUCUCAAAAGACACCGAAUUGGUGGAACGACCCCGCUAUGAAGGCUUUGGGAAACCCAUGGGUAGCUUGCGACUAUCUCUGCUUUGAGCUAGACAACAGAAGUAAAGGCAUAUUUUGAGUCACCUGAACAGGCUUGAUAUGGUACAGAGAAUAGGAGCAGCAUCUCUGUCCAAACUGACUCAAAUCUACUCAAGUAUGAGUGAAGCUCUUUGAGUAUUACUGUGAAACCCUCUCUAUCUGAGAUCCUCUCUCUCUGGAGUGGAUCAUCACCGUCUGACACUGGAGCCCAGAGUGGAACCAUGGGACAAACAAGGUCACGACCCCAGCAAUCCCCAAUUUGUCCGAAUCUAUCCUCCUCCUGAAUUCAGCAGUGCUCUCUGUCUGACAUAGAACUCAACUCCACUGAAACACAGUAUCCUGCCAUCCACACGUCAACCAGCCUCAAGUCCUGUUUAGAGGUCCUGUCAGCCGCAGACCAAGACAUUUCUUUAGAAGGCUUUUAGUAAUGCCUUGUAUGAAAGCGUGCGCGUAUUGAUGUACAUGUCUUUGUCAACAUAUAUUUGGCUCUCAGAGGGUCGGUUUGGCACAAGGGGACGGUUUCCUUAUUGAGAACUGAUGACAAUCUAAACUAGAACAUGUACUGUGUGAUUUAUAUUUGAGGUCACUUUAAAGUGGUUCAAAGCUCAGGGUUUGAUUACACAUGCCAUGUCAGAUUUACCCCCCUACAAAAAACAAACUACAGUAUUCACUUUUGUGGGGAUUGCUUUUACUGAAAAGAAACCCACAUAAAAAGUCAUGGCUAGUUUUCAAAAUACAUUUGCCUGACACAAAAUAGAUUUAAUUGGGAAUUAGAGUUGUGAGUGCUUUGAAUGAUGUGUGUUCUUUUCGAGGUAUGCCAGUGUUGGUUGGGAUUUAUGUUGCCUCGCUCAAAUUGAUUUCUCCCCCCCUUCUCCAGGCACAUUGUGGUUUGUGGUCAUAUUACGCUCGAAAGUGUCUCCAACUUCCUCAAAGACUUCCUACACAAGGACAGGGAUGAUGUCAAUGUAGAAAUAGUUUUUCUCCAUAAGUAAGUACAUGUUUCACUACCUCACUUGGAACCAUUACACAGGGUAGUUAAACACUAAAUUAUGUCAACAUAAAGCAUAGGAAACUACAAAUCCCAACUUGCAUUUGUGUCCUAACUGUCAUCCCCUGUCCCCCCCUCUCUGUCUCUCUCUCUCUCUCUCUCUCUUUUUCUUCUCUACCCCCUCCCUCCCUCCCUCCCUCCCUCCUCCCUCCCUCCCUCUCUGUGUUCCUGUAGUAUUUCCCCUAAUCUUGAGCUGGAAGCCUUGUUCAAACGCCACUUUACCCAGGUAGAGUUCUACCAGGGAUCUGUUCUCAACCCUCACGAUCUGGCCAGAGUGAAGGUACUGUACUAGCAUGUAAUGCUGUUAUGCAUCAUAUUCCUCUAUACUGUAGUUACAUGGUGAAAUGCUGUGCAUGAAAAACACAACAAGAAAAAAGGCCAAUACUCCUCAUACCACCUUGUAAGAGUGACAACGUUUCGAUCCAAGUUGGAUCUUUGCUUUGACCUGAGGAAGAUCAAUCUGGGGUUGAAAUGUUGUGAUAUUUGACCUGAGGAAGAUCAAUCUGGGGUUGAAACGUUGUAAUAUUUGACCUAAGGAAGAUCAAUCUGGGGUUGAAACGUUGUGAUAUUUGACCUGAGGAAGAUCAAUCUGGGGUUGAAAUGUUGUGAUAUUUGACCUGAGGAAGAUCAAUCUGGGGUUGAAAUGUUGUGAUAUUUGAAGGUGAGGAAGAUCAAUCUAGAGUUGAAACGUUUUGAUAUUUGACCUGAGGAAAAUCAAUCUGGGGUUGAAACGUUGUUAUAUUUGACCUGAGGAAGAUCAAUCUGGGGUUGAAAUGUUGUGAUAUUUGACCUGAGGAAAAUCAAUCUGGGGUUGAAAUGUUGUGAUAUUUGACCUGAGGAAUAUCAAUCUGGAGUUGAAAUAUUGUAAUAUUUUAAGGUGAGGAAGAUCAAUCUGGAGUUGAAAUGUUGUAAUAUUUGACCUGAGGAAAAUCAAUCUGGGGUUGAAAUGUUGUGAUAUUUGACCUGAGGAAGAUCAAUCUGGGGUUGAAAUGUUGUAAUAUUUGACCUGAGGAAGAUCAAUCUGGGGUUGAAAUGUUGUGAUAUUUGACCUGAGGAAGAUCAAUCUGGGGUUGAAAUGUUGUGAUAUUUGACCUGAGGAAGAUCAAUCUGGGGUUGAAACGUUGUAAUAUUUGACCUGAGGAAGAUCAAUCUGGGGUUGAAACGUUGUGAUAUUUGACCUGAGGAAGAACAAUCUGGGGUUGAAACGUUGUAAUAUUUGACCUGAGGAAGAACAAUCUAGAGUUGAAACGUUGUGAUAUUUGACCUGAGGAAGAUUAAUCUGGGGUUGAAACGUUGUAAUAUUUGAAGGUGAGGAAGAUCAAUCUGGGGUUGAAAUGUUGUAAUAUUUGACCUGAGGAAAAUCAAUAUGGGGUUGAAACGUUGUAAUAUUUAAAGGUGAGGAAAAUCAAUCUGGGGUUGAAACGUUGUGAUAUUUGACCUGAGGAAGAUCAAUCUUGGGUUGAAACGUUGUGAUAUUUGAAGGUGAGGAAGAUCAAUCUGGGGUUGAAACGUUGUAAUAUUUGAUGGUGAGAGGGUUUCUGCUGUGUAUUCUCUACCUCUGUAACUCGUCAUGGUUCCCUGUAUAGAUUGAGUCAGCAGACGCCUGUCUGAUUCUGGCUAAUAAGUACUGUCCAGAUCCCGAUGCUGAAGACGCCUCCAACAUCAUGAGGUAAUGAUGAUGAUGAUGAUGAUGAUGAUACAUAUCUGGAGAAAGGACUGGGUAUACAGUAUGUGUUCAAAAAUAUAUGUUUUGAAUUUGUAGGGUCAUCUCUAUCAAGAACUAUUCCCCCAAGAUACGAAUUAUCACUCAGAUGUUACAAUACCAUAACAAGGUGGGUCAGCACAUCACUCCUACGCUUCCUGCAAUGUGGCACUUAAUGAUAACUAUGGUUCAAACACGUGUGUGUGUGUGUGUGUGUGUGUGUGUGUGUGUGUGUGUGUGUGUGUGUGUGUGUGUGUGUGUGUGUGUGUGUGUGUGUGUGUGUGUGUGUGUGUAGGCUCACCUGCUCAACAUUCCUAGCUGGAACUGGAAGGAGGGUGAUGAUGCUAUCUGUCUAGCAGAGCUGAAGGCUGGCUUCAUAGCGCAGAGCUGUCUGGCCCAGGGCCUCUCCACCAUGCUGGCCAACCUCUUCUCUAUGAGGUCCUUCAUCGAGGUAACAUUGACACAACAUUAACACAACCUUUUCAGAAUGAUCUCUUUCACAGAGAUCACUUUAACACAUCCUUUCAAUAACACUGUUCUCUUUCAUUGAGGUAAUAAUAAUAAUAAUAAUAUGCCAUUUAGCAGACGCUUUUAUCCAAAGCGACUUACAGUCAUGCGUGCAUACAUGUUUAUGUAGUCCCGGGGAUCGAACCCACUACCCUGGCGUUACAAGCGCCAUGCUCUACCAAUUGAGCUACUGUUGCUACUGUAAUGUUGACACAAUGUCAGUAGGGUAACCAACAUUACCACAACCUUUUCACAAUGUUUUCUUUCAUUGAGGAAACAUUGACACAAUCUCUUCUCAAUACAACAUUCAUCAAGGAAACAUUCCUUCAGCAGCACUAUUAGCCAGGUUACUAUCCCAUUACUUAUUAUGGGAUAGAUAUGUGGUUCCAUGGGAGUCCUGAGCUCUGGUCUGCUGAGUGAGACAUCUCUGAGGGAGUGUUUUCAUUCAGAAUCACAACUGUCUUUCAGUCAGUCUGGGUUAUCCUUUUUAUCUGUAGGGAUCUUGGCACUCAGCUUUGAAAGAGCUGGUCUUCAUGUCGUAAAGCUGAUGGAGGAGUUUAUAAUGGGCGGGCUUAUGAGGUCUGGAUGGAGAAGAGACAUCUGAUGGCCAUAUUCCCAUCCUGAAAAUAUAGAGUAAGACAUAGAAAAUAGAUGGACCAUUGACGCCAAACCAUAACAGGUGAUCUAAGCUGUGAAUGAAAAGGCAUUGCCCUCGUUAUAGAGGGAAUUAAAAGAUGAGAUAGGCUCUCAUCAUCUAUGACAGCUGCAAAGCUUUCAGGAAACUCAUCCAUCAUCGUCCAUGGCAGCUCAGUGGAUAUAAUGUAGCCUGUCUACCCUCUAGAACAUCAGAAAAAUAAGGGAGGAAUCACUGCUCAUGAGAAGAAGGAACUAAGACCUACAGUAUUAGUUGUGAAGCGAUACAGCCCUUGUCAGUCAGAACUAAUGCUAGGCCAAGCCUGGUGAAGCAGCUUGGACCUGAUAUACUGGGACCAAGUCAGCAGGCCCUUCCUUUCACUGUUGGUCGUUUUUCAACAAAAACAGUCAACCAAAACGUUAAACUCAAAUCAUACUGUUGUUUUAUAGCAGGAUAAAAACAUGGAAUAUAUUAUAAAAAUCUUUGGCAACUGAAAGUCAAUGUCAAAAUGAAUGACCGAAGAUCAUGAAAUGAUUAUGAAACUAUAAUAAAUUAUAUUAGGAUCCAUUUUGAAUGGAGUAAUUAAAAUAGUUAUGUGAUAGAGGUGGCCUCUUCUGAUUCUGUCAGCAUGUCCUAGAGAGAUCUCCAUAAACAUAUGAAUAUAGAGACAGAAUGCCAUAAACAGAAUGCCAUAAACAGAAUGCCAUAAACAGAAUGCUAUAAACAAAAUGCUAUAAACAAAAUGCUAUAAACAGAAUGCUGUUAACAGAAUGCCAUAAACAGAAUGCUGUAAACAGAAUGCUAUAAACAAAAUAUUAUAAACAGAAUGCUGUAAACAGAAUGCUAUAAACAAAAUGUUAUAAACAGAAUGCUAUAACCAGAAUGCUAUUAACAGAAUGUUAUAAACAGAAUGCUAUAAACAGAAUGCUUAUAGUGCAUGUUGGGUUGCACUUGAAGACAGAUUAUUGUGAGGCCUCUUAACGAGGUGAAGAGUGAUGUGUCUGACAGCCGUUUUUCAGCACAGCUCUUACUAGGUCAUUAAAGAGGAUGCGUUCCAAAUUGCACCCUAUUCCCUAUUUAGUGCACUACUUUUGACCAGGGUCCAUAGCGUUAAUGGGAAUAAGGUGCACUCAUGGAGAAAUAUCAGAAAUAACAGUUCUGGGACAUUCUGAUGCAGAUGUCUGUAAUGAGCAUGUGUGAGAAUGGGAGAGGAGGGAUCUGGAUGAAGUUCAUCAUCAGGCCAUGUUUUUUUACCAAGGCGAUAAUAGGCCAUCGUCAUGGCAGUUUGUCGUCACGCAGGACCAAAUGAAAGGACACCCUCGAUUAGUGUUCCCCCAAAGAUGCCUGACCAAUUGCAAUUGCUUUUACCCCAGACAGGCGAGAUGCGUGAGUGUGUUAGUUAUGGAGGAAGUGUGUUCUGAGCCCCAUAUUAAAGCCGCUAUAGCUGUCAGGAGGGGUGGAGUUAUGAUAGAGAGAUGGGGAAUGUUUCAUAAUGGGUCAGGAUCUGAGUGUCUGCAGUUCAUCAAAGUGUCUCCUCCAUCGCUGUGAGACUUCUAAUGAGGAUGGGACUGGGAGGAAACCCAGAGGAGCUUAUAAAGUGCUUAAGAAGGGUUUAUAAAGGGCUAAGGUACAAUGCACAUUUUGCAUCUGUAUAUGUAUUUAUAUAUGUAUUUAUUCAUAUCUAUUUUCUACUUGUUGCUUCUCAGAUUGAAGAGGACACAUGGCAGAAGUACUAUUUAGAAGGGGUAGCUAAUGAGAUGUACACAGAGUAUCUGUCCAGUGCCUUUGUGGGGCUCUCCUUCCCAGCAGUCUGCGAGUAAGUAUGACACACCACAGUCCUCUGCCCGGUACAGUACGGGUGUCUCUCUCUGCUACAUGUUGCUGUUCUCUUUUACUGCUACUGCUCUGUCCCUUGUAAUGCUACAACUACUGAAUAUUAGAUGGUACCAACAUUAAUAGUACAUUAAUAUAUUAAAUAAAAAUAAAAGGGACAUUUUAAUUUGAAAGUAUUGGUGAUGUUGAAAUAGUAGCUACAGUGCAUUCUGAAAAUAUUCAGACCCCUUGACUUUUUCCACAUUGUGUUACGUUAAAGCCUUAUUCUAAAAUGUCCUCAUCAAUCUACACACAAUACCUCAUAAUGACAAAGCGAAAACAGCGUUUUAGAAAUGUUAGCACAUUUAUUCAAAAUACAAAAAAGAAAUACCUUAUUUACAUAAGUAUUCAGACCCUUUGCUAUGAGACUCGAAAUUGAGCUCAAGUUCAUCCUGUUUCCAUUGAUCAUCCUUGAGAUGUUUCUACAACUUGAUUGGAGUCCACCUGUGGUAAAUUAAAUUGAUUGGACAUGAUUUGGAAAGGCACACACCUGUCUAUAUAAGGUCCCACAGUUGACAAUGCAUGUCAGAGCAAGAACACAGUGGCCUCCAUCAUUCUUAAAUGGAAGAAGUUUGGAACCACCAAGACUCUUCUUGGAGCUGGCCGCCCGGCAAAACUGAGCAAUCGGGGGAGAAGGGCCUUGGUCAGGGAGGUGACCAAGAACCCGAUGGUCACUCUGACAGAGCUCAAGAGUUCCUCUGUGGAGAUGGGAGAAACUUCCAGAAGGACAACUAUCUCUGCAGCACUCCAACAAUCAGGCCUUUAUGGUAGAGUGGCCAGAUGGAAGCCACUCCUCAGUAAAAGGCACAUGACAGCCCGCUUGGAGUUUGCCAAAAGGCACCUAAAGACUCUCAGACCAUGAGAAACAAGAUUCUCUGGUCUGAUGAAACCAAGAUUGAACUCUUUGGCCUGAAUGCCAAGCGUCACAUCUGGAGGAAACCUGGCACCAUCCCUACGGUGUAGCAUGCUGGUGGCAUUCCAUGGUUUUUCUUUAUUUGUACUAUUUUCUACAUUGUAGGAUAAUAGUGAAGACAUCAAAACUAUGAAAUAACACAUAUAUCGAAUCAUGUAGUAACCAAAAAAGGGUUAAACAAAUCAAAAUAUAUUUUAUUCUUCAAAGUAGCCACCCUUUGCCUUGAGGACAGCUUUGCACACUCUUGGCAUUCUCUCAACCAGCUUCAUGAGGUAGUCACCUGGAAUGCAUUUCAAUUAACAGGUGUACCUUGUUCAUUUGUGGAAUUGAUUUAAUUAUUUAUGCGUUUGAGCCAAUCAGUUGUGUUGUGACAAGGUAGGGGUGGUAUACAGAAGAUAGCCCUAUUUGGUAUAAGACCAAGUCCAUAUUAUGGCAAGAAUAGCUCAAAUAAGCAAAGAGAAAUGACAGUCCAUCAUUACUUUAAGACAUGAAGGUCAGUCAAUCCGGAAAAUGUUCAAGAACUUUGAAAGUUUCCUCAAGUGCAGUCGCAAAAACCAUCAAGCGCUAUGAUGAAACUGGCUCUCAUGAGGACCGCCACAGGAAGGUAAGACCCAGAGUUGCCUCUGCUGCAGAGGAUAAAUUAAUUAGCGUUAACUGCACCUCAGAUUACAGCCCAAAUAAAUGCUUCACAGAGUUCAAGUAACAGACACAUCUCAACAUCAACUGUUCAGAGGAGACUGCGUGAAUCAGGCCUUCAUGGUCGAAUUGCUGCAAAGAAACCAUUACUAAAGGACACCAAUAAUAAUAAGAGAAUUGCUUGGGCCAAGAAACAUGAGCAAUGGACAUUAGACCGGUGGAAAUCUGUCCUUUGGUCUGAUGAGUCCUAAUUUGUCUUUAUGAGAUGCAGAGUAGGUGAACGGAUGAUCUCUGCAUGUGUAGUUCCCACCGUAAAGCAUGGAGGAGGAGGUGUGAUGGUGUGGGGGUGCUUUGCUGGUGACACUGUCUGUGAUUUAUUUAGAAUUCAAGACACACUUAACCAGCAUGGCUACCACAGCAUUCUGCAGCGAUAUGCCAUCCCAUCUGGUUUGCGCUUAGUGGGACUAUUAUUUGUUUUUCAACAGGACAAUGACCCAAAACACACCUCCAGGCUGUGUAAGGGCUAUUUGACCAAUAAGGAGAGUGAUGGAGUGCUGCAUCAGAUGACCUGGCCUCCACAUUCACCUGACCUCAACCCAAUUGAGAUGGUUUGGGAUGAGUUGGACCACAGGGUAAAGCAAAAAACCGCCAACAAAUGCUCAGCAUAUGUGGGAACUCCUUCAAGACUGUUGGAAAAGCAUUCCUCAUGAAACUGGUUAAGAGAAUGCCAAGAGUGUGCAAAGCUGUCAUCAAGGCAAAGUGUGGCUCAAGGCAAAGGGUGGCUACUUUGAAGAAUCUAAAAUCUAAAAUAUAUUUUUAUUUGUUUAACACUUUUUUGGUUACUACAUGAUUCCAUAUGUGUUAUUUCAUAGUUUUGAUGUCUUCACUAUUAUUCUACAAUGUAGAAAAUAGUAAAAAUAAAGAAAAACUCUUGAAUGAGUAGGUGUGUCCAAACAUUUGACUGGUACUAUAUGUAAAUGUAAUAUAUUUCAGUUAUUUUUAAUAAAUUUGCAAACAUUUCUACAAACCUGUUUUUACCCUGUCAUUAUGGGGUAUUGUGUGUAGAUUGAUGAGGAGAAUUUAAAAAAAAUAUGUACAUUUUAGAAUAAGGCUGUAACGUAACAAAAUGUGGAAAAAGUCAAGGGGUCUGAAUACUCUCCUGAAUGCACUGUAUACAUAAUGUAUAACCUAAAGGAGACAUAGCAUUCCCUUACAAUCCUCUCUCUCUCUGUGUGUGUGUGUGUGUGUGUGUCAGGCUGUGCUACGUGAAGCUGAAGCUGUUGCUUAUCGCCAUCGAGAACAAGUCGGAGCUGGGAGAGAGCAGGUUUGUGUCUCUGUGUUUCUCUCUGUGUUGGACUCUGUCUAGGACCCUGAACCUAGGAUGUUGUUCAAGAUGUAUCUGUAAAUAGUUGUCUCUGUGUUGAACCAUGAUAAUCACUAAUGCCAUUUAUAUUACUAUUAACUUGCUAACUAGUACUACAUUUCACUAACCAUAAAUUGCCAAAUCCCACACACCCCACCCCAACACCAUCAGCACUGUGAACAGUUUUUUUUACACUGACAACAUUCAACUGAAAAUAAUGCAUUUAUAGUUUUUAGUACAUAAUGAAAUCACGAUAAAUAGUCCAGACAAAGUAAUGUCUAACCACCUUGUAAUUAUGGCAUAUUUUAAGCAUGUCUUUUUUUACUUUUGCUCAGCGUUUUUGUUGCCUUCUUCUUCUUCUUCUUCUUCUUCUUCUUCUUCUUCUUCUUCUUCUUCUUCUUCUUCUUCUUCUUCUUCUUCUUCUUCUUCUUCUUCUUCUUCUUCUUCUUCUUCUUCUUCUUCUUCUUCUUCUUCUUCUUCUUCUUCUUCUUCUUCUUCUUGACAUUGUAUGCUUUUCUUUUGCCCAUGACAGGUUUUCCUCCACUACAUAGUGCCACCAUUCUCAGUGUCAUCUAAACUGCAUAUCUCUCUGAUAGUAAAAUUAAAUGAAUUCAUAGAUGCAGUCUGUGUAAUAAGAUCAGCUAUUGAGAUCCAAUCUAAGUACCCCCAAGUUUACUAAAGUGAUCUGAAGGUCUUCAACUUUUUCUCAGAGUGCUACAGCAAGUACUUUCAUUUUCCCAUCAUAAGGUAGACAGACAGCAAAUUGAGACGUACACUGAGCAUACAAAACAUUAGGAACACCUGCUCUUUCCAUGACAUAGACUGACCAGGGGAAUCCAGGUAAAAGCUAUGAUCUCUUAUUGAUGUCACUUGUCAAAUCCACUUCAAUCAGAAGGGGAGGAGACCGGUUAAAGAAGGAUUUAGACAUGGAUUGUGUAUGUGUGCUAUUCAGAGGGUGAAUGGGCAAGACAAAAGUGCCUUUGAACGGGGUAUGGUAGUAGGUGCCAGGCGCACCGGUUGGAGUGUGUCAAGAACUGCAACGCGGCUGGGUUUUUCACGGUCAAUAGUUUCCCGUGUUUAUCAAGAAUGGUCCACCACUCAAAGGACAUCCAGCCAACUUGACAGAACUGUGGGAAGCAUUGGCGUCAACAUGAGCCAGCAUCCCUGUGGAAUGCUUUCAACACCUUGUAGAGUCCAUGAUCCGACGAAUUGAGGCUGUUAUUUAUUUUUUCUCAAAGUUUUUUAAAUGAUUAUACAGAUAACACAGACAGAACAGGUAGAGGGAAAAACACACACAGAUCCCCUACCAGAUCAAACCCACCCCAACCCCCCAUGCUCCAACAGAGCCCCACCCCGAAUUGAGUCUGUUCUGAGGGCAGAAGGUGUUCCUAGUGUUUUGUCCACUCACUGUAUAUUAGACUCAUAAUAUAAUUUUUCAUCUCUCCUUUUAUGUUAAUAACAACUGUUUGAUUUGAGGUUGUUUUCUUGUUGUUUGCAGAAGCCGAAAGCGGUAUGCCCUCUUCCUUAUCUUUCCCUACAAAGUUCCGCCCCACUCCACCACUUUAGAGCUGCUGACUUUGGGUUUAGUUUCCUAAGGAUACUUUCCCAAACCCUAUCUCAAAAUGGGCCAAUUUCUCACUCUAUUUUCCAUUGUCUUCCUUGUGCCUAAUGCACUAACUUCUUUGCAGGCAGAGAGAGGAUAGUUGAAUUUGACUCGUUUGUUUCCUUGUUGAUUUGUCUGUGAUGUUGUUGACGUGCCCAGGCUAACACCCUCUCCUCCAUUUCUACCUCCUGUUUUGAGUUUAUUUCUGUCUCGCGUUGUCAGUCGUUCUGCUUAAUUUCUCGCUCACUUCAGUUCUUUUUCAGUGUCUUCAGUCAGUCGUAACUGUGUGUGAAUGUGGCCAGACUGAUUAUUAUUUUAUUUGUUUCAGUGUUAUGUUCAUCAUCAAAACACUACUUCACAGUUCUAUAGUUUUUAUAGUUUUUGAUAGUGUCAUCUCACAUAUCAGUCAAGAGACACAUUGUUGAUAUCUGAACCCCAGAAGGGUUUAUUGAUAAGAUUAUUGUUGAUUUGUUGCACAUUUUGGUAAUAUUAUGGAAUCGAUGGAUUGAUUAUAUGUCAUUGCAGCAAGCAGAGUUUGACACAAACUCAAGUUUUAUUGAUGAUACCAACAGCAUUUUGUUAUGCCAUGUCAUAUCUUAGUCAAGGCAUGGAACCAUUCACUUUGGAUAAGUUAACAUUUAUCCAAUGGAAUUGUUCAAUUUUAGUCCACGUUUCCCAUGGGUGCUGCUAAUCAUCUUCAAUCUGCAUUUCAUCCCUUUCUUACUGUUGUGUCCUGUGUGUGGAUAAUGUGUCCUGUGUGUGAGUACGUGUCCGCGUAUGUGCACACGUACGUGUGUGUAUGUAUGCGUUUGUGUGUGUGUGCGUUCGCUCGUGUAGUGUGUGUCUCAUUCACCAUGUACCCCCAUACCUGUGCGUCUCCGAGUAGAUGUUAUCAAGUGAGGUCACUUCCUGUCAGUUUGGUGUUUACGAAACAAUCCAACUGCACAGAAGUUACUGCAACAGUCUUCAUCUACGUACCUGUCUCUUACCUGUACUGCAGUGGCUAUGCCUGGUCUGUUUUAGCAGUGUCCUACUCACACUGUUUGCUAACGGCAUGCUAUAACACUCUAUCACAUGGGAUGUGUGAUGCUUACCUUGUUGCUCACAAUAUGAGGUUUUGAUCAGUUUGGGCCUCUAUGCAUAAUUGGGAGAAAAUUACAUUUUGUUAUGUUUCUUUGUUAUUAGAUCUGAAAUUGGUAAACUAUGUGAAAUCUCAGAUUUGGGCAGCAAUGUGUUUUUUGUAGUGGCUUAGUUAGUUUAUUUUGUAUUGUCUCGAAACAGCAUGUCAAACGUGUGCCUGUUUUCUACUCUGGGGGCCAUUCAAUCUGAUAUAAAGCUCAAUAGUGCAACUUUAAACUUAAGUUUAGCAAAAUAUCCUGCUGUUUUGUUUUGCUGUCGCUAUUGAUUACAGCUUUAUAACUGAUCCAAUCACCCCCUUAUUGUUGAAAUAUGUUGUUUGUAGAGCCCAGAGGAAAGAUUUUUAUCAUUUGCAAAUUAGUCUGUAGUUUUCAGCUGCUCUCAGCUAUUUUCUGAGCCUGCAUGCACUUUCUACACAUCUUGUUUGUAUAGACAAGUGUUUUCAAAUGUGUCAGUUUAGUACAACAAACUAAAAACGUAUGUUAAGUAUAAAGGCCAAGCAGUAAAUUAUUAGUUAAGUAAAGAGUUGGUCAAGUAAAAUAAAGUAUUAGUAAAUAAAAGAGUGAAUAAAGUACAACCAGGUAUUAGUAAGUCAUAGAUGAGCAUAAACAUUCAGUAAAGUACAAUAAAGUAUUAGUAAACACAGGAUUGGUAAAUUAAAUCCUUAGUAAAUUAUAAUAAAGCCUUAGUAAAGUAAAGUGAUUGAAAGUAAAGCCAAAGUAAAGUCAACAGAAAGUCAAGUAUUGGUAAAGUAAAGUGUUCGUAAAAGUAAACUAUUUGUAAAGUUAGUAAAGUAUUAGUACAACCCUUUCGUCUGGGCUCGGAGGCCAGGGGUGUUGUCCCCUGACUGUCGGUCUGUGUGUUCCGUUUGUCAGUCUCUCAGUCUGCACUCCCAUCAUUGAUGAUUCCUACCCACAGGCAACCAUUAAUGAGCUGGGCGUGUGUGUGUCGUCCACUCUCGUCUCAGUCUAAUUCAGGGGGAAUGAUACAGCCUGUCUGUACAGGCACCCUACACACCUAAACACCAUUCAAAUCUUCAAUAUCUUCUUUACUGUAGACAUAUGUUUGAGGAUACAGUAAGGAUCUGUGGGGUUAGAGGGUUAGGGGUUAGAGAGAAUUUUGAAUAUUAAUAUUACUUAUCUAUUAGAUAACAUUAGAUGGACAUUUUCCCUCAGCUACUUGGUUAUUAAAUAAUUAUCCCUAAUUAAUCAAAAUGGACAUGGAUAAUGUUAAGAGAAAUUGCAUCUCACAUUUCUUAGCUGAAAUACACUAAAGCAGUACUGUAGCAAUACUAUUUUACUAUAGCAAUACUAGGUUACUAUAGCAAAACUAAAUUACUAUAGCAAAACUAAGUUACUAUAGCAAUACUAGGUUACUAUAGCAAUACUAUACUAGUUUACUGUAGCAAUACUAGUUUACUGUAGCAAUACUAGUUUACUAUAGCAAUACUAUACUAGGUUACUAUAGCAAUACUAGGUUACUAUAGCAAUAUUGGGUUAAUAUAGCAAUACUAGGUUACUAUAGCAAUACUAGGUUAAUAUAGCAAUACUAGGUUACUAUAGCAAUACUAUAAUACACUAUAUAACAACACUUAAGCCUAUAGCAGAUACUUCCUAUUCCUCUGUAGUGUUAGUCCGAGGGCUGUUAAUUCCCUAGCAUUCCACUAUCCAUUACUAACCCAGGUAACAUUAUCUAUAAUAAUAAAUAAUAAUAUGCCAUUUAGCAGACACUUUUAUCCAAAGCGACUUACAGUCAUGCGAGCAUACAUUUUUGUGUAUGGGUGGUCCCGGGGAUCGAACCCACUACCUUGGCGUUACAAGCGCCGUGCUCUACCAGCUGAGCUACAGAGGACCACGGUGGACCACGGCGCUUCUAACUGUAGUUUAACAUUCUACUGGCCAUUACUAACCCAGGUAACAUUAUCUAACUGUAGUUUAACAUUCUACUGUCCAGUAAUAACCCAGGUAACAGUAUCUAACUGUAGAGUAACAUUCCACUGUCCAGUAAUAACCCAGGUAACAGUAUCUAACUGUAGAGUAACAUUCCACUGUCCAUUACUAACCCAGGUAACAUUAUCUAACUGUAGUUUAACAUUCUACUGUCCAGUAAUAACCCAGGUAACAGUAUCUAACUGUAGAGUAACAUUCCACUGUCCAGUAAUAACCCAGGUAACAGUAUCUAACUGUAGAGUAACAUUCCACUGUCCAGUAAUAACCCAGGUAACAGUAUCUAACAGUAGAGUAACAUUCCACUGUCCAUUACUAACCCAGGUAACAUUAUCUAACUGUAGUUUAACAUUCUACUGUCCAGUAAUAACCCAGGUAACAGUAUCUAACUGUAGAGUAACAUUCCACUGUCCAGUAAUAACCCAGGUAACAGUAUCUAACUGUAGAGUAACAUUCCACUGUCCAUUACUAACCCAGGUAACAGUAUCUAACAGUAGAGUAACAUUCCACUGUCCAUUACUAAUCCAGGUAACAUUAUCUAACUGUAGUUUAACAUUCUACUGUCCAGUAAUAACCCAGGUAACAGUAUUUAACUGUAGAGUAACAUUCCACUGUCCAGUAAUAACCCAGGUAACAGUAUCUAACUGUAGAGUAACAUUCCACUGUCCAGUAAUAACCCAGGUAACAGUAUCUAACUGUAGAGUAACAUUCCACUGUCCAGUAAUAACCCAUGUAACAGUAUCUAACUGUAGAGUAACAUUCCACUGUCCAGUAAUAACCCAGGUAACAUUAUCUAACUGUAGAGUAACAUUCCACUGUCCAGUAAUAACCCAGGUAACAGUAUCUAACUGUAGAGUAACAUUCCACUGGCUAGUAAUAACCCAGGUAACACUAUCUAACUGUAGAGUAACAUUCCACUGUCCAGUAAUAACCCAGGUAACAGUAUCUAACUGUAGAGUAACAUUCCACUGUCCAGUAAUAACCCAGGUAACAGUAUCUAACUGUAGAGUAACAUUCCACUGUCCAGUAAUAACCCAGGUAACAGUACCUAACUGUAGAGUAACAUUCCACUGUCCAGUAAUAACCCAGGUAACAGUAUCUAACAGUAGUGUAACAUUCCACUGUCCAUUACUAACCCAGGUAACAGUAUCUAACUGUAGAGUAACAUUCCACUGUCCAGUAAUAACCCAGGUAACAGUACCUAACUGUAGUUUAACAUUCCACUGUCCAGUAAUAACCCAGGUAACAGUAUCUAACAGUAGUGUAACAUUCCACUGUCCAUUACUAACCCAGGUAACAGUAUCUAACUGUAGUGUACUGUAGUUACAUCUGUCCAAUAGCUGAUUGUCUCUGACUGCUGAGACUGAAACCACUCCAUAACAACAACAAUUUUAAUUAUUUCUGACCCACCUUCAUCCCUCCUACCCCCGCACAUACACCCACUCCAGAACCAUGGUGAAAAAGAAAAUAAUUAAAAUUGACCAACCAACUCAUGCUGUUGUGCAUUCUGUCAAUCUGUGUGAUUAGCCUCAGAGAAGGUGGCUAAACAUGGAAACAAGGUGUUUUUCCACACAAUAACACGUUAAUAACCACCUCCAUACGGUGACCUACUAGCCUAGCCUGUAGAGCAUUUACAAUACUUACAUUAUAACUGCUCUCCAAACAAAACAACUGGAGACUGCAGAAGCUGUGAUUUCAUUGACCAAUCCGAUCAGGCCGCUCUAGCUCGCUGGUUGUAGUACUGUAGCUCCAGCCAGAGGGUUGGUGAUGUGUGUGUACCAUUCCUCUUGAUUAGCGCGUGAGUGUGACUCUUAACGGCUUCUAAAGAGUGUGAUGUCAUCUAUCUCCCAUUACUCAGCAUCCUCAUCAACCCGGGGAACCAUGUAAAGAUGCAGGAAGGAACUCUGGGGUUCUUCAUUGCCAGCGACGCCAAAGAAGUAAAGAGGUAAUAGUUAUCAUCCCACCAUCUUGGGAAAAGACAGAAAAACGCCACAGGGAAAGUCUCAGUUUAAAGCCUUGCCUGGAUUUUCUAUUUUAAUUCUCUUGGUGGCUAAAAGGGUCAACAUACAAAGCGAUUAGACAUUAAACUUCUAGAGAUAUCUUGUUAAAAAUAAAGGUUUCAUUGGUAAAAAAUAAAAGCCAGCUGGUAAAAGCCAACUCACAGGUCAACCCGGUGAAAUGGGUCAAACUCACUAGGUGAGUUGCAAACAGAGAUGAUAAAUGUCUAUGCUGCUGUUUUCCCCCCUCAGAGCAUUUUUCUACUGCAAAGCUUGUCACGAUGACAUCACAGACCCCAAACGGAUCAAAAAGUGUGGCUGCAAACGACGUGAGUACACCUACGCCCCGCCCACAACACCCACAACACCCACACUCACCCCUCUCAUGACCCACCACUCCUUCCAUCCCCAACCCCUCCCCCACCUCCCACUGUCGUUGAAGUAGGAUUAGGAUGUGCUGUAAUAUGAAUGAUGUCAUAUCUCUCACUGUUUCUCGUAGGAAUAUCCUUUUACAGUGAUAACUAUAUAUUUUGCUAUUAUACCCUUUGAAAUGGAAAUUGCCCUAGUGGUGACCUUUAGUCCCAUUUGAGAGUGUAAUAACUGUGAUCACAACUCCCAAACCUUCAUUGUGGUAUAAUCCAAAAUCAACGUGUGAUGAUAUACUUUUUUCAAUCCAAAAGAAGUACUGGCAACAUUCUGCACAUUUUGUUUGAUUAAUUAAUUUAAUGACUGAAAUAUGUAACCUUAUCAUGUCAUGUAUCAUAAUGACGAAACUAGCUAGAAAGGUGGACUGAAGUCUGGAGGAACAAAGAGACAAAGAGAGUGGGAUAGUUCUAUGUUAGUGUGCUAAUGAUGGAGUGAGUUUGAAUGUCAGGGAGACGGAGAGGUAGAGCAGAAGACGGAGGUUGUCAGGUCACCAUAGCGACUCUGUGACAUGGGUAGAGGUAAUGACCUCAGUCAGGUGGAAGAAUAAAUUAACCAAUGGCUUUCCUCUGCUCAGGGUUCAUGGGUCAGACAACCACAUACCCUAUUGGUCCAACCAUACAGAAUCAGAGCACUGUAUUGGUCCAGGCAUACUACUAUAAACUUCUGCCAGCGGUGGAUGACUUGGAAUAUGACCCUUUUCCUCUACUGGUACUGUUGAUCAGACUGGGAAUUAGAGAAUGUUUACCAGGGUUGGGCGCAAUUCCUUUUCAAUUCAGGAAGUAAACUCAUUGAGGAAAAUAAUAUACAGUAAGUUGUAUUUUCAGUCUACUUCCUGAAUAGCCUGAAUUAAAAACAUUAAGGGCCUUAUUACUACCUGACCUGCAUGGGGACUUGUCCCAACGUUAAAUAAUUCCGCCUCCUGCAGUCACCAUACAUCUAGAAAGGGCAGCGACAAUUACAGUAAGCAGCCUACGCCCAAACAAACACACGAUCUCCACCGUGUUUUCCCUUUGUCUGUGUCAUCUCAAUUAUUCCGACUAAAGGCCUGGUAGUCUGUCAGGUAGAGAGAACCAGAGACCUGUAUUGUCUGAUUAACACUAUAGGGCCAAACUGAGGAAAGGCAAGCUGAGCUGUACUGGGCUGGCCUGGUUACACAUCCACCACAGUUUCUGGAAUGGACAAUAUGAAAAUAAAUAUCUGAGCCAGCACUUUACAGGUUUGGGUCGGCCCUAUAGUGUGAAUCAGGCAUUGGUCCACUAGAUUUACUGUACCUGAAACGAGACAGUUCUAUUCUAGAUUAUUUUAGUUUCUGUUUCUCCGUCUGAUUUAAUAUUUUAUUACCAACAGGAGGGCCCCAUUUAGAGAGAUGACAGUUCCAUUACUAGAAUGAACGUUUGUCUUCUGUUAGUUUUGUUUUGUUUCUGUUGUUGUUAUUGUUGUUUAUUUUGUCCAAGUUUUUAUGACCAUUGACAUGUUCUUGACGUUAUUUCCUUCCCCUGCUGCCGGUGGGAAACAUCACUACUUUAUUUAACCCACUGUCUGGUAGUGAUUUACUGUGAGUAAAAAAACACGGGUUCCCUCCUACCCAGAGUGCAGUGCGAUUCUCUUCUCUUUCUCAGCCAACAGUAUUCUAUGUUGCAUGUUACCGGUAUAGCAUUUGCAUCCUUCUCCCCGCCGCUCAUCUUUACACUGUCCUCAGACCUGACCAGACCUGACCAGACCUGAUUGUCUAGUCUGUCUCCUCAUAGGCCCAUAGUCUAGCCCGGCCUCUGACUCCUUUCAGAUGACAGAGUGGAGUGUGGUUUUAUAAUAGGAGAAGUGCAAGAACUCUGUUCGACUCAUUUAAAAAAGCUAAGUCAUUUUUGGCUCAAAAUCUGUAUCAGAAACCCAAUCCAAGCCUUGUGUCUUCAGCUCUCCGUAAGUCCUCCUUACCCCCUCUCUCUAAUGUCACGCUCUGAGAAAGUUGAAAAAUGAAUGUGGUGACAAUCUGAAAUGUCAAACACAGAUUGAUAUUGGUAAUGCUAGUCAUGGAUUAAAGAGAGCCAAGACAUCAGGGGGGAGACAGAAAAAAUAAACCUCCAACCAUUUAGAUUCAAAUUCAUCUUCUCACUGUCAGAGGCUUUUUUGUACACUGCUGUAUUUUCAGAAAAGCGUCAAAUGUUCUUGUGGGAAUUUCUGGAAAUGAUUCAGUUAGCGAGCAAUGUCGCCAAAACACAAUCAAAACAAUCUGGUUGUACCCCCCUCACCCUCCACCCCCCUCGCUGUUUCUAGCGCCCCUCCCCGCCCCCAGUGCUUCUAGCCCCCCUCCCCGCCCCACAGUGCUCUGGUACUCUACCCAGCUCUAAUCGUACCACUACCCAGAGUUCAUCAGUGCAUUUAGAAUUGAAAUAUUGUCGCCCCCAGCCCCACUGCAAUUCAAUUCUAGAUGGUCAUCAGGCCCUUUUUCACUCGCUGUCCUCAGUGUCCUGAGUGAAAGAAAUCUGCUUUACUAGACAGUGCUUUAAAUGUACUGCAGGCGUAAUUGCUGUACUGCUAGUUGGCCACUAGAUGGCCAUGUGCCACAGUCCUGAAUGUAGCCUAUCGAAGGAAACUGACACUGAGGUCCUCAGAAACCUAUUCAGCAAGAAUAUGAUGAGCAACAAGACAUAGAAUUACUAGAAUCGUUUAAAAAAAAGCCCCUUAGGGCUCCCAAGUGGCGCAGCGGUCUAAGGCACUGCAUCUCAGUGCUUGAGGCGUCACUACAGACCCCCUGGUUCGAUUCCAGGCUGUAUCACAACUGGCCGUGAUUGGGAGUCCCAUAGGGCGGCGCACAAUUGGCCCAGCGUCGUCCGGGUUUGGCCGGUGUAGGCCGUCAUUGUAAAUAAUAAUUUGUUCUUAACUGACUUGCCUAGUUAAAUAAAGGUAAAAUAAAUUAAUUAGACCACUGUAAUUGAACUGGAACACUCAUGGGUAUACAGUACCAGUCAAAAGCUUGGACACACCUACUCAUUCAAGGGUUUUUCUUUAUUUUUACUAUUUUCUACAUUGUAGAAUAAUAGUGAAGACAUCAAAACUAUGAAAUAACACAUAUGGAAUCAUGUAGUAACCAAAAAAGUUAAUAUUAAUAUAAUUUCACACAUCAUAUACCUCAGGUUCUCAUAUACCUCAGGUUCGGUGAUUUGAAAAGGAUAUAUGUCAUUCUGAGAAGAGAAAAACUGUAAAUUAUAAUUGAAAACAACAAUAAAACAUUAAAAUGAGAACACUAUAAGUUGAUCUGACCAUGUAAUACACAGUGUCUGUCACAUGUCACCAUAAGUUAGUAACACUACACUAUUCAGUAAAAGCUGCUGGGCUUACUGAGAAUGAAAAGAUGUGAAGAGGGGGACGGAGGGGAAAAUGAAGCAGGUGCUUCCUGAAAAUGUCAAUGUACACUACCGGUAAAAUGUUUUAGAAUACCUACUCAUUCAAGGGUUUUUCUUUAUUUUUACUAUUUUCUACAUUGUAUAAUAAUAGUGAAGACAUCAAAAUGAUGAAAUACCACAUAUGGAAUCAUGUAGUAACCAAAAAAGUUUUAAACAAAUCGAAAUGUUUUUUUUAUUUGAGAUUUUUCAAAUAGCCACCCUGCCUUGAUGACAGCUUUGCACACUCUUGGCAUUCUCUCAACCAGCUUCACCUGGAAUGCUUUUCCAACUGUCUUGAAGGAGUUCCCACAUAUGCUUAGCACUUGUUGGCUGCUUUUCCUUCACUCUGCCAUCCGACUCAUCCCAAAUCAUCUCAAUUGGGUUGAGGUCAGGGGAUUGUGGAGGUCAUCUGAUGCAGCACUCCAUCACUCUCCUUCUUGAUCAAAUGGCCCUUACACAGCCUGGAGGUGUGUUGGGUCAUUGUCCUGUUGAAAAACAAAUGAUAGUCCCACUAAGCCCAAACUAGAUGGGAUGGCGUAUCGCUGCAGAAUGCUGUGGUAGCCAUGCUGGUUAAGUGUAAAUGAAUCACAGACAGUGUCACCAGCAAAGCACCCCCACACCAUAACACCUCCUCCUCCAUGCUUUACGGUGGGAACUACACAUGCAGAGUUCAUCCAUUCGCCCACACCGCGUCUCACAAAGACACAGUGGUUGGAACCAAAAAUCUCAAAUUUGGACUCCAGACCAAAGCACAAAUAUCCUCCGGUCUAAUGUCCAUUGCUCAUGUUUCUUGGCCCAAGCAAGUCUCUUCUUCUUAUUGGUGUCCUUUAGUAGUGGUUUCUUUGCAGCAAUUUGACCAUGAAGGCCUGGUUCACACAGUCCCCUCUGAACAGUUGAUGUUGAGAUGUGUCUGUGACUUGAUCUCUGUGAAGCAUUUAUUUGGGCUGCAAUUUCUGAAGCUGGUAACUCUAAUGAACUUAUCCUCUGCAGCAGAGGUAACUCUGGGUCUUCCUUUCCUGUGGUGGUCCUCAUGAGAGCCAGUUUCAUCAUAGCGCUUGAUGGUUUUUGCGACUGCACUUCAAAGUUCUUGAAAUGUUCCGUAUUGACUGACCUUCAUGUCUUAAAGUAAUGAUGGACUGUCGUUUCUCUUUGCUUAUUUGAGCUGUUCUUGUCAUAAUAUGGACUUGGUCUUUUACCAAAUAGGGCUAUCUUCUGUAUACCCCCCCCCCCCCCCCCCCCCCUACCUUGUCACAACACAACUGAUUGGCUCAAACGCAUUAAGAAGGAAAGAAAUUCCACAAAUUAACUUUUAAGAAGGCACACCUGUUAAUUGAAAUGCAUUCCAGGUGACUACUUCAUGAAGCUGGUUGAGAGAAUGACCAAGAGUGUGCUAAGCUGUCAUCAAGGCAAAGGGUGGCUAUUUGAAGAAUCUCAAACAUUAAAUAUAUUUUGAUUUGUUUAACACUUUUUUUGGUUACUACAUGAUUCCAUAUGUGUUAUUUCAUAGUUUUGAUGUCUUCGCUAUUAUCCUACAAUGUAGAAAAUAGUACAAAUAAAGAAAAACCAUGGAAUGAGUAGAUGUGCCCAAACUUUUGACUGGCACUGUAAGUAUGACAUAUAUCCUUUUCAAAUCACCGAACCUGAGGUAUAUGAGAACCUGAGGUAUAUGAUGUGUGAAAUUAUAUUAAUAUUACAUUUUUGGUUACUACAUGAUUCCAUAUGUGUUAUUUCAUAGUUUUGAUGUCUGUAGAAAAUAGUAAAAAUAAAGAAAAACCCUUGAAUGAGUAGGUGUGUCCAAACUUUUGACUGGUAGUGUAUAUACAGUAUGGCCGCCGGUCCACCCAUCACAGACCCGUUGAUUUGAAUGGAAUGACUGUUCUAGUAAGACUAUUUCUAUGGUUACAGUAAACAGUGACAUAAACAGUGAAAGGGAUACUUUCAUUAACCCUUGACUAUGUUUUAUGGUGUGUGGUGUUUUGGUUUGGUUUGGUUGAGGAUGUGUCUGAACACAAAGUGGGUCUUUCGAGGAAAAACUGUUCUUUGUGUUACGCAUUCCUCUAUUUCCAUUUGUGCUUUGCAACUAAAGUGGCUUUAGUAAUGUUAUUACUUUUAUUACUAUUUAUUUAGUAUGUUAUUAUCAGAUGAGGUUAAGUUUGAUUAAGUCAAAGUCAACACGGCUCAUCACGUUCUUGUUAAAUAGGGUUGUCUUUCACUUUAAGGACCAGUGACCAUAAGUAUGGUGUCCAUUUUAGGACAUCCUUCUCACUAUAAAUAUUCAACUUGACUUCUGUCUUUGUACAUUUUGUCUGGUGGAAUGUUGAAUGUGACAUAUGAAAACAAACUUUUAUUUCCAGAACCACAAAAAACCAAACAGCGUAGUGGUGGUGUGUUAACAAUCCCCUUUCUUUGACAAAAUGUACACAGACAGUCAUGUUCAUGUUGACGCUUGUGGUGAAGAAUUUCCUAUAAGGGACACCGUAGUCCGUACUGUAGUAGGCUAGAUCAGGGUAACGGGUAUGUGUGAAGUCAUUUGUGUCAAACACAUUGUCGUGUCGUGUUCUCCAUCUCCCCCUCCCAUGUCUCACUAACCAACAUUACAACUACACGUACUGUGUAUAAUUGAAUGCCCAGCCUAGAAAAAACACUCAAGAUGUAAAAUUCAGAGUUCAGCAUGAAAACGAACAAAUAAUAUAGUUCAGCAUGAAAUGACACUCACUGCUCGCGUCUGUCACGCCUCCAAACUGUUUCUGCUCUGUAAACAGUUACCCCACUCCACACCCUUUAAUCGCUAUGAUCUCUCUAUGCAUGCUUAUGAAUGUUUAUAAAGCACUUGUGCAUGCUGUUUACAGGACACACACAGUCCCUGUUUGGGGCCAGGCCUUGCUCUCCAUUCUCUCUCUGGCUACAAACUGAAACCUGCAACCUUGUUUGUGCUCCUAGACACAUGUGGUUAAAACAGUAAAGGUAGACAUAUAGUUCUCCCCAGAGAGAGAGAGAGAGAGAGAGAGAGAGAGAGAAUGUUUCUGUGAUGGUGUUAGAGUGAGUUUGCACCCUGGCACAAAGAGAAUGGGAACCAGGGACUGUUGUCUGUCGCUGAACCAGAAUCACAGCAAUCUAGAAGCACUGCUCUGAGGGGCUUUCACUACCUACCACUCCUCCUGGGGUUAAGAUCUUGACACAUAUACACAUGCUUCAAAUGUUUGAUAUACGUCAUGUACAUGCACAGUAACUUGCAAAUACAGUGCAUUCGGAAAGUAUUCAGACCCCUAGACUUUUUCCACAUUUUGUUACGUUACAGCCUCAUUCUAAAAUUGAUUAAAUAAAAACAUUUCCUCAUCAAUCUACACACAAUACACCAUAAUGACAAAGCGAAAACAGAAAUACCUUAUUUACAUAAGUAUUCAGUCCCUUUGCUAUGAGACUCGAAAUGGAGCACAGGUGCUUCAUGUUUCCAUUGAGUAUCCUUGAGAUGUUUCUACAACUUGAUUGGAGUCCACCUGUGGUAAAUUCAAUUGAUUGGACAUUAUUUGGAAAGGCUAUAUAAGGUCCCACAGUUGACAGUGUAUGUCAGAGCAAAAACCAAGCCAAGAGGUCAAAGGAAUUGUCCGUAGAGCUCCGAGACAGGAUUGUGUCGAGGCACAGAUCUGGGGAAGGGUACCAAGAAAUGUCUGCAGCAUUGAAGGUCCCCAAGAACACAGUGGCCUCCAUCCUUCUUAAAUGGAAGAAGUUUGGAACCACCAAGACUCUUCCUAGAGCUGGCCGCCCGGACAAACUGAGCAAUCGGGGGGAAAGGGCCUUGGUCAGGGAGGUGACCAAGAACCCGAUGGUCACUCUGACAGAGCUCCAGAGUUCCUCUGUGGAGAUGGAAAACCUUCCAGAAGGACAACCAUCUCUGCAGCACUCCACCAAUCAGGCCUUUAUGGUAGAGUGGCCAGACGGAAGCCACUCCUCAGUAAAAGGCACAUGACAGCCCGCUUGGAGUUGCCAAAAGGCACCUAAAGACUCUCAGACCAUGAGAAACAAGAUUCUCUGGUCUGAUGAAAUCAAGAUUAAACUCUUUGGCCUGAAUGCCAAGCAUCACAUCUGGAGGAAACCUGGCACCAUCCCUACGGUGAAGCGUGGUGGUGGCAGCAUUAUGCUGUGGGAAUGUUUUUCAGCAGCAGGGACUUGGAGACUAGUCAGGAUCGAGGGAAAGCUGAACGGAGCAAAGUACAGAGAGAUCCUUGAUGAAAACCUGCUCCAGUGCGCUCAGGACCUCAGACUGGGGAGAAGGUUCACCUUCCAACAGGACAACGACCCUAAGCACACAGCCAAGACAACGCAGGAGUGGCUUCGGGACAAGUCUCUGAAUGUCCUUGAGUGGCCCAGCCAGAGCCCGGACUUGAACCCGAUCGAAUAUCUCUGGAAAGACCUGAAAAUAGCUGUGCAGCGACGCUCCCCAUCCAACCUGACAGAGCUUGAGAGGAUCUGCAGAGAAGAAUUGGAGAAACUCCCCAAAUACAGGUGUGCCGAGCUUUUAGCGUCAUACCCAAGAAGACUGUAAUCGCUGCCAAAGGUGCUUCAACAAAGUAUUGAGUAAAGGGUCUGAAUACUUAUGUAAAUGUGAUAUUUCCGUUUUUUAUUUUUAAUAAAUUAGCAAAAAUGUCUAACUGUUUUUGCUUUGUCAUUAUGGGGUAUUGUGUGUAGAUUGAUGAGGGAAUAAAACAAUUUAAUACAUUUUAGAGUAAGGCAGUAACGUAACAAAAUGUGGAAAAAAUCAAGGGGUCUGAAUACUUUCCGAAUGCACUGUACACACACACCACUCUCAAGCCUCUCUGGAGGAGUGCUGCUGUAGUGAAACUCUUGUCCUGCAUGGAAUGGCCUGGCCAGUCUAGCCAGUAGAUUAGUGUGAUGAAGCCUUGACCACGGCUGGCGCAGCUGCAUGAGGGGAAACAGGUACGUGAUCCACACCUUUAGCCGAACGGAUAGAGGAUGUUUUGAUCUGUUCUGUUCUGAAUUAAACAUUAUAUGUCAGUAUGAGGUUUGCUGCUGAAGACAUUGUCCAUGCUACUCUCCGGCCCCGAAUGACUCCUCUCUCCCCCUCCCCUUCCCCCUCUCUCCCCCUCCCCUUCCCCUCUCUCCCCCUCCCCUUCCCCUCUCUCCCCCACCCCUUCCCCUCUCUCCCCCUCCCCUUCCCCUCUCUCCCCUUCCCCUCUCCCCCACUGUCAUAUUUGCCUUUAUACCUGUUAUGGCAUUUACAGCCUUAGGACACAGCUUGACCCUUGACCCUGAGACCACCUUGACUAGUCAAAUUGGACUUUCAAAUUGUUAAAAACUUUAUUGAUCAAAACAAGACUUUGGGAUAACAUUGAAAAAGCUUCAUUUGACCAUGGUAAAAUAUUGCACAUAAUUCUCACUGCAAAGAACCACAGUCAGUUUGGCACUCUAGCCGUAUAUGAGGCACCCUAAUGUUUUAGGCAGGGGUUGGAUCCAAAAUUAUUUUCCAAUCGUUUUGUUCUAAACAGAACCGCUAUUUUUUCAUUCCGUUCCAGUGUUCUGACCAGCAUAAUAGGGUUCUGAACUGGUUCAGAUUCAGAUUGUUCCUUUUUGUGCUUUUUUUACUCGUCAAAUCUACAUAGUUUAGCUCAUUAAUUUACUCCACCAAUUAUCAAGGAUAGAGAAGCUUGCUACAGAACGGGUAGUUGUUUACAUGUUUGAUUGGCCAUAUAAGGGCAGGCGUGAGAUUUGACUGAAAUUUCAAGGGUGGGGAGAGAGCGAGAAAGAUGGGUGGACAUGAAGGGAGCUUGGCUUGAAGCGAUAAACAUUGUGACGUGAAUUGGAAUGCGUUUAGGUUAUUACUAGCAUCAGAACUUCACUGAAUAACAUAAUUAUAUACUAUACAUGAAAACAAUUUUCGGAAACAAAAAAACUGUUCUCAAGAUUAAAAAAUACUACAGAUGACUUUCGUUCUCGGUUCUAGUUUCCGUUCCUUGAAAAUGGUUGUUAUUUUACGUUUUUCUGUUGUGUUCCCUGAACCGGUUCCAACCCCUGAUUGUAUGUGCCCUUUACUGGUCUUUUGUUGGGGUUCAAGCCUGCGAGAGCUGGCAUUUAAGGCUUUGCAUUUGUUAUCUUAUUGUCUCCAUUAUGGAGUAACCUUCCUGCUUCCCUGGAUGACUAUGUCUCCUUUAUGGAGUAACCUUCCUGCUUCCCUGGAUGACUAUUUCUCCUUUUGCCAUUAA